AUGGCCACUGAUGCCGGGCUUCCGAGCUUUGAUAGAGAACAUAUUUUGUCGGAAUUUGAUGACCCAGAGCGGCAGAGUCUAAUUGCGAGCAUCGUUAGGCAAGAUCCAAAGCUGGCGAAUAUCGCUGGGGAAAACGACCCCGAUACAUGCGGAUAUGACCUUCGAAACGAGCGACUCCGAAAGUUCCCGGCCGACGUGCCGAAAAUCUUCGCUGGACGGAAGUCUGCCUCGCAGGAUGAGACGGUGGACCCUCUUCCGGAAGCCGAAGCAGCGGACACAAUACUCGGAAAACGGGAUUACGACCAAGUCCUUGAGAAAGCCCCCGCCAAGAAGCAAGUCAAACGUGAGCUUCCUCUUAAGGAGACGGCUUUGGCGCGAGACAAAGACCGCUGCGUCCUGACCAAGCAGGGGCGGACAACCCUCCACGUCGCCCACAUCGUGCCAUUUAAACUCCACAAGAGUGACAGGGCGGACGAUUGGCUCUGGCUAAAGUACUUAAGAAAGCCUCUGCUGUCAACAUCGGAGUCCGCAGUUAAGAGCAAGGAUGAUGAUGAUGAACUUGACGGGGAGACAAACGCCAUGGAGUGGACCGUUGCGCGAAUCUUUGUGAGCGUAGUCGCCUCAGACACGGGGCUGGCUGGGUGCGACAUAGUGUGGCUUCAAUCUAGACAGGAUAGUUAG